AUGGAAAAAAAAAGUAGAGAAAAGUUCCUGGUUCAAGGUUAAAACGAAGAUCAGAAGAUCAGAAAAUAGGUUGUUUGUGAUUCGGGGAAAAUCACGUAUAGUUUUGUAGAGGAACCAUGAAAAUAAGCUCUUUUCAUAGGUUUUGGGUUAAAAUUAUCGAUUUUUGAUGGAAAAUAGGUCAAAAAUAAGGGAAUUGCUCUCGCAAACUUUGAAUUUUUCAAGUUCCCGGGGUAACUUUAGGCAGGAAAUUCGAAUAUAGCCUCGAAAUUAUCGAUUUUUGAUGGAAAAUAGGUCAAAAUAAGAAAAUUGCUCAUUUUAAGCCAAAAAAUCUUUGAUAAAGCGCAAACUUUCAAUUUUUCAAAUUCCCGGGGUAAGUUUAGGCAAGAAUUUCGAAUAUAGCCUUGAAAUUAUCGAUUUUUCAUGAAAAAUAGGUAAAAAAUAAGGGAAUUGCUCAUGUUAAGCCAAAAAAUCUUUGAUAGAGCGCAAACUUUGAAUUUUUCAAGUUCCCGGGGUAAAUUUAGGCAAGAAUUUCGAAUUUUUCAAGAAAAAAGGCUCAAAAUGAGCAACAACGAAUUUUUGGAGCCCUAAAAGUUCCCCGAUUUUCCAGCCACCAUCCAACAACACUCCGACCUCCACGCUGGAAAUUAUCACCUAAUCGGAGCCGAUUUGCGUCAACUCAAAGAGCUCGAGCAAAAAUUGGAGCAAUGCCAAAUCGACGCCACAAUUCCCACCAUUUUCAUAGCAGAGUCAGUUUUUUCCCGAAUCCCCCCCAAAAAAAAAAAAAAAAUUUCCAGAUGUGUUUUGGUGUACAUGUCUGCAGAUGCCAGUGCAAAUUUGCUCGAAUUUUUUGCGCAAAAAUUCAGCGCCGCCACCGAGUUUUUGAAUUAUGAGCAAUUCCGCGCCGCCGACGCCUUCACCAAAGUUAUGGAGCAGAAUUUGGAGCAACGCGGAAUACAUUUACACGGUCUGCAAAUGUGUGAGAGUGAGGAGAAACAGGUGGAGAGGUGAGUGGAUUUUCAAAAUUUUAUUCAAAAAAAUUUCACGACCUUUUAAAUACCUGAACAAAAAUCUUUGAAAAAUCAAUAUUUUCAGUCAAAAUUUGAGCAAAAAUCAUGUAUUUUGAGCCGAAAUCCAGUUUUUUUUCAGAAAAUUUUAUAUUUUUUCAAAUUUCAAAUUCAGCCAAAAUUUUACGCGAAAAAAAAAUUUGAAAAAAAAUCAAGAAAAAUUCAAGUGUGCUCCAUUGAGAAUCUGAAAUUUUCAGUCAAAAUUUGAGCAAAAUGAUGCAUUUACCCCAGAAUUUUGUGAAUUUUAAGAGGAUUACUGUAUGCCCCUUUGAAAAUUCGAAAAUUCUGGAUUUUUUGCUCUGAAACUACGGUAGAUGUUCCUUUAAGGAUUACUGUAGGUUUUUCUAAAAAAUUUUGUGACUUUAGAUUACUGUAUGAACCUUUAAAAAUCGAGAAUUCACUAAAUUUUGUGAGGAUUACUGUAUGCCCCUUUAAAAAUUUGAAAAUUCUGGAUGUUUUGCUCUGAAACUACGGUAAUUAAGGAUUACUGUAGCUUUUUCUGAAAUUUUUGUGACUUUAGAUUACUGUAUGAACCUUUGAAAAUUCCAAAAUGUUCGAUAUUUGCUCUAAUUGUGUGGUUACUGUGUAGUGUCUGAUCUACAGUACCCCCGAGCGCCUUUGGCGCGAGUGUAGAUCAAAAUUCCGCGUAAGCGGCUCGAGCGGAGCGAGUGUAUGUCCCUUUAAACAUGGAGUACUGUAUCUACAUUAAGCUUAGGUUACUGUACUUACAGUACCUCGAGCGCCUCUGGUAAAAUUGUAAUUUUUUUCAAAAUUUAAAUUCAGAUAAAAAAAAUUUGAAAAAAAUUGAGAAUUUCAAAUUUUUUUUUAAUUUUUAAAAGAAAUUUCACGGCCUUUUAUUUAAAUCUGAAAGUUUCAGACAAAAAAAAAAUGACAUUUUGAGCCGAAAUCCAGUUUUUUUCUAAAAAUUGUAAUUUUUUCAAACUUUUAUUAAAAAAUUUUCAAAGGAAAUAUCACAGCUAAAAAUUCAUAUAAAAAGUAGAAUCUGAAAUUUUCAGAUUCAAAAAUGCCGGCUUCAAAAACGUGCAAGUCUACGACAUGAAUCGGGUCUUCAAAGAGCUUCUCGACCAAAAAGAAGCGGCGCGAAUUCAGAAAAUCGAUUUUUUGGACGAAAUGGAAUUACUCUAUCAACUAUUGGCUCAUUAUUGUAUUGUUCAUGCUGAAAAAUGA